AUGUCGAAAGUCUUGAUCAACGGAUUUCUGAACAAGAAAGGCAGCAAGUUUGGCUUCUGGCACAAGCGCUAUGUCGUCGCUAUUGGAAGUCAAAUUAUCAUUUCUAAAUCGCAAACAGAUAAGCCUGAGAGAUAUAUUAAUAUGAAUGGCGAUGUUACAAUAGAAUCACAAUCUGAUGUUUCACCACCAAGAUUUACUCUUACACCAAAGGGCGAAAAACCAAUUACACUCGCAACAAAUACAGUGGAAGAAUUAAAUGAUUGGCUCAAUCAAAUGAGAUCAAUGACCUUCAUGACUUCGGGAAUAACUAUGGAUGAUUUCGACGUUAUUUCAGUUUUAGGAAGAGGAUUCUAUGGAAAGGUCAUGCUUUGCCAUAAAAAGAAUACAAACGACAUAUUUGCAAUUAAAACCGUCCAUAAAAAUAGGCUCGUUUCAGCCAAGAAGGUACACACAAUAUUUACCGAGCGUAAUGUUCUCAUGAAGGCUCAACAUCCAUUUAUCGUCUCCCUUAAAUUUGCUUUUCAGACAGACACUAAGGUUUACUUAGGUCUUGAAUAUGCACCAGGUGGUGAGCUUUUCUAUCACCUCCAGAAGUUCGGAUCAUUCCCAAUUGAUGAUGUUCGAAUUUAUAUUGCAGAAAUGGCUUUAGCUCUCGACUUCUUACACAAGCAUGGUGUAAUUUAUCGUGAUAUCAAGCCAGAAAAUAUUCUGCUCGAUGCCCAAGGCCACGUUAAGCUCACAGAUUUCGGCUUAGCCAAGGACCUUACAGAUGAAUCAAGCACAACAACAUUCUGUGGCACAUUCGAAUACAUGGCUCCAGAAGUCGUUGCAAGAAGCAGUUACGGUCCAGCUAUUGACUGGUGGGCUCUUGGUAUUCUUACUUACGAAUUACUCAACGGACAUUCCCCAUUCCAAUCAGACAAUCGCGCUCUUCUUUUCAUGUCCAUUCGUACUCAACCACCGAAAUUCCCAGCAAGAACAGAUCGCAAUACAAUCGACUUCAUCAGUAACCUUCUCAAUAAGGACCCAGAAUUGAGAUACGGAAUGGAUCAGAUCCGUACCCAUCCAUUCUUCAACGGAAUGAACUUCGAUGAUGUUCUUGAAAAGAAAUACAAGCCAUCAUUCGUCCCAACAAUUCCAAACGAUGUCGCUGCACUUAACUUCGACUCUGAAUUUACUUGCGAGCCUGCUCAGGACUCAAUUGCUACUCCUGUUGGACAAGGAAACGAGUUCAACGGAUUCUCAUUUGUUGCUCCUGGUGAGGGUCAAUAA